UCUUUGAUUCGAAAGUACUUGACUGAGGCCGUGUACAACGAUCUUAAAGACAAGGAAACGACCAAUGGUGUAUGCUUGGACCAUAUGAUUCGUGGAGCGGUGUCUCUACCAUGGGGUGCCAAACCUCCCCGAGGGAUUGGGGGAGUAUAUGCCGGUGAUGCCGAAUCGUAUCAAGUUUUUGCCCCGCUGCUUGACCCACUUAUUGAAGACCAUCAUCAUGCGGACUACCGUCUCCGAGGUCAGCUUCGACGACACCGCACAAAUCUUAAUCCGCGGCAGCUCCUCCAGCAGCGACUUGACCCCGAUGGCCAAUACAUUCUAUACACACGUAUGCGUCUAGCACGCUCGAUCGAGGGAUUUCGCUUCUCGCCUUGCAUUAGUGUGGCAGAGCGACGGCAGGUUGAAGCUAUAUUGAAAAAUUGUAUAAAGGACUGGAAGCAUGGUAAUAAAGACUCGGAAUAUAUAUCUGUGAUGAACAUGACAAAUGAACAGCAUCAGAGUCUACUACAAAGGCAGCUCUUAUUCCCUGAUCCCGAUCCCUUUGCUCUGUGUGCUGGUACACACCGUGACUGGCCGGACGCUCGCGGAGUGUACUGUGAUGAUUGGCAGGAUCCCAAGAUAUUGAUAUGGUGCAAUGGGGAAGAUCAUCUGUGGAUUAUCAGUAACGCCAAGGGUGGGGAUGUCCAGGGUGUUUUUACUCGAUUGUCGACGUCCGUGUGGGCACUGGAGACUUCGUUGGAGGGACGCGGGCAUGCUUUCGUCGAAGACAAACGCCUGGGAUUCCUCAACGCAUCACCGACCAAUAUCGGACCAGCCCUUCGUGCUAGCGUCUUCGUCAAGUUAGUUCGUCUAGGUCGACAUCCAGAUUUUGAAAACUUGAUUCGGCGACUGAAGUUGGAAGCUCGUGUGUACGAGGAAACUGAUAGGCGAUACACAGGUAUAUUCGAUAUCGCAAACUCCGAAGCCCUUGGCAAGAGCGAAGUGGAAUUGAUCAAUGUAAUGAUCGAAGGUGUCGGCAAACUCAUAGAACUUGAGAAAAGUUUGGAAAACGGUGACGUACUAGACUUGAAUGCAGCCUAA